CGAUAUUUUUCUGAUAUUUCACUGAAAUUUUAUUGUUAAAACAAAAUAAACAAUUUUCGUAUGAAUUAAGAAAUCUCAUUCUAACCUACUACCCCCAAAUUCCAUUUCUCUUUGAUCAGCAGUUGCAAUUUGCAGAGAUUAAUCCUCCGACGGUUGGUUCGAUUUCAGUCACAAUCUCCGGUGAAAAUGGAGGGAGAGAGUUCGCGUGGAGGCGACACCGACGCCGGUUCCGGUGCCGACCCGACCCGGCACCCGCCCGCAGCCGCCGCCCGGGUCCGGAGGGCCGACACGUUCCUGAUAUGCUGCAGAGGCUUCAGCGUCAUCACUUCUUUGGCCGCCAUUCUCUGCAUCGCCGUUAACGUUAUCUCCGCCGUCCACUCUUUCCGGAAUGCAUCUGAUAUAUUCGAUGGGAUAUUCCGGUGUUACGCGGUGAUCAUAGCUGUGUUUGUGGUGGUCGCCGAGACGGAGUGGGAGUUCGUUACAAAGUUCUCGAAGAUUCUGGAGUAUUGGGCAGGCAGGGGAAUGCUACAGAUCUUUGUUGCAGUGAUGACGAGAGCUUACCCCGAGUACUUAAAGGACCAUCAAGAGCUUUUUCUUCUGCAGAGCAUUGCUAGCUACCUUCUCAUUGCAUGUGGUGUUGUUUAUGUUUUCUCAGGAAUAUUCUGCAUUGGCAUGGUGAAGCGUGCGCGCCAGAAAAAAGAAGUUACCAGGGAGCAAGCAGCAAAGGAUCUUGAGGAGCUCGAGCGACGUAGAGAAGAACUCGAGUCACUGUUGAUCGCAGAUCAUGUUUGAAUCAUCAGCCAGAUCAAACGUUCAUCCGGGAUUAGCCAUAAUCUGAUGUGAACUAUAUAUAAAACCUCGGAUCCCACUAUUUGAAUUUAUCAACAUUUGAAGUUCGGUUAAUAUGAUUUUUUUCCCCUCUCGUAACGAGUGGAAUCACGUUUCGGAGUCUGCUGUAAAGUUACAUAGAGUUGAAUAUGCUACAUUGCUAACAGUGUGAAUGAUUUUGUUAAUCCCAGUUGUUUGUACUUUGUAUGUAAAGAUAGUGUUGUUUUAUUUAUUGUUUAUUUUAUUUUCUUUUAU